UAGGUCAUGUUGUGCUUAGUGGAUGUAAACAAAGGCGGGCAACGUGGAACGUUAGCUUAGUAGGGAGAGCGGUUGCAAGAAAAGCUAAGUAUUUGGAUUCAAAACCCGGCAUUUGGUGGUCAAGUGGCCAUCAAUAUAUAUUUGGUAACUUCUUUUCAUAACUUAUUCAACAUUUUUUCACAGGAAUGCCCAAUGUAAUAGGUGCCAUCGACUGUACUCACGUACAUAUACUGGCACCAACUGGGGCUAGGGAGCCAGAUUUUGUGAACAGAAAGGGCAGACACAGCCUAAAUGUACAGUUAGUUUGUGAUCAUGCCUUUGUUGUGACCAACAUGGUGGUCAAGUGGCCUGGAUCUGUACAUGAUUCAAGAAUAUUUAGGCAGUCCAAUUUGUGCAGGCACUUAGAAAAUGCUCCACAUUGUGGUUUCCUUUUAGGAGAUAGUGGAUAUGGCUGUCGCCCAUUUCUUCUAACCCCUUUUCACAACCCAGCACCUGGGCCACAAACAAAUUACAACAGAUCCCAUUGUAGGACAAGAGUUACAAUUGAGCAAACCAAUGGAAUUCUCAAGGCCAGAUUCCCUUGUCUAAAUUUUCUCCGUUUAACACCAGAAAGGUCAAUAACUGUAAUUAGCACUUGUGUGAUUUUGAAUAACAUUGCAAGAAGAGUAAAUGAUAAUUUCCCACCACCCCAAAUUGUUAAUCAAAUCCAACUACCCCCACCAGUACCAGUUCAGAAUGAUGGUUUCGCCAUGCGAGAUGGAGUUGUACGAGCAUAUUUCUCAUAAUGUUAAAUAUGUAGAUGGAUA